AUGCUUAAAGAUAUUGUUAAUAGAGUCAAAGUUGAAUUGGAUUAAGAAAAAAAAACAAGGUAAAUUCUAUUUAACUAUCAAUAGAGAACAAUCUGAAGAGCAUUUGUUAAGUUUAUUAGAAGAUACUUGUAAUAAACUCAGUAUUGCCGCAAAUCUAUGA